AUGGAUGUACUGAUGACUCUUCAAGGCGCGAGUAACCGAGGCAUUGCCUUGAUCAUUCUGUGGUUUGGUUGUCAAGACACUUUUUCUCGAUCCCCUUGCUCAAUCCCUGUCAUGCCCACCUGGUUUCCUCCCAGUGUGGGCCGACAGGAGUGGAUGAGACACCAUCUUCAGAUCGAGCUCUUGGUGGCUGUGCCAAAAAAUUGUUUGACCAAACAGAGAUUGCCGUCUGGCCUCAUCAAUCUAUGCUUGGCCGUCCCGGCCCACUCUCGAUUGCCCCGCCCCAGGCUUAGCCGGUCGAAGAAAUCACAUCAUCAUCAUCCCUCCUACCUGGACGGGAGGGGGACAAUGAGGCCUGGUCUCCGCUCUGGCUCGCUCCGCAUCCUCUCAACUCCACACCAACGGACAUGGGCAUGGACAGGCAUUAACUCACCGGUGAAGAGCAUGCAAACGUGGCGAAAGCAAAAACAGACACAAAAACGUCUUCUGUGUCAACUAAGCCGGCCUAGGGUAAUGAGACUAGGAGACUGUGCCGUCAUGUGGGUGGGACAACUUGGCUUACGCCAAAUUCGGGACUGA